AUGGAUCCAGCUGUCGAGAACCCCAGCCUCCCUGAGAAUUCAGCCAAGGGAGACCCUCCUACAGUUCAGGAGACUGUCACAGAACAGCCUGGCAAGAGGAAGAGGGACACCAGCGCAACUGGAAGAGGUGGCCGAAAUAAACAAAAAGAUAUGGGCAGGAAGGCUUACAGGCGGGCGGACAACGACCAGCAGGAGUCGAAGAGAAGGAAGAUUGAGCAAGGGGAGAGUCCUCUACCAAUUUACGCUACUCAAUUCUCCCAGGAGGAUAUCGACGCCGACGUCCGGCGGCCGAAGAAGAAGGUUAUCGUUAUGCUGGGUUAUUCUGGUACCGGAUACCAUGGAAUGCAGCUAUGCGCUACUGAAAAGACAAUUGAAGGCGACCUCUUUGCUGCCUUCGUUGCGGCUAAUGCAAUCUCUAAGGCUAACGCCAUGGACCCAAAGAAAUCUUCCUUCGUCCGUUGCGCGCGGACAGACAAGGGCGUACAUGCGGCCGGCAACGUUGUUUCCUUGAAGCUCAUCAUCGAAGACCCUGACAUCGUGCAGAAGAUCAAUGAGAAGCUGAAUCCACAGAUCAGAGUGUGGGGUAUCAUUCCCGCAACCAAAGGUUUUAGCGCAUAUCAGUUCUGCGACUCGCGGAUGUACGAAUACUUGAUACCCUCGCAUUGCUUCCUUCCACCUCACCCGAGCACCUUCUUGGCUCAGAAGAUGGUAGAAAUGGCAGAAAAGCAUGGUGAUAUGGAAGCAUUCAAGCAGAGACAGGCCGAGGUGGAGACAUACUGGGAAGAGACCGACAAGAAACACAUUCAGCCUAUAAUAGAUGCCUUGCCGGAGAAAAUUAGGCCCUAUGUUCAGGCUGCCGUUGGUGCAGCUGGUGGUGAACCUGCCGUGGCCACCGAAAACGAUAAGGCAACGCCAAGCAAUACCGAGGCUGGAGAGGAAGGCGAGAAAGCAGAAGAGGGUGAGGUGAAAAAGUCGGGCCUCACUCCUGAUGAACAGGCCCAAGUGAACAUAGCUAUCAAGGAGAUCCGAUUAGCCUAUUUCAAAGCCAAGAAUGAGUACCGUAUACCCCCCGAACGCCUUGCGCGCAUCAAUGAGGCCUUAUCUCUCUACGUCGGCACGAGAAACUUUCACAACUACACCAUCCAAAAGACCUUCCGCGACCCUUCAGCCAAACGGCUAAUAAAAUCCUUCAAAAUCUCCAGAGACCCCGUCGUAAUCAACGGCACAGAAUGGCUAAGCCUGAAAGUCCACGGCCAAAGCUUCAUGAUGCAUCAGAUCAGAAAGAUGGUUGCUAUGGUUGCUCUGCUCGUACGUUGUGGCGCAGACAUCCACCGGAUAGAGGAAAGCUAUCAGCGUCCUAGGAUACCUAUCCCCAAAGCACCGGGUCUGGGGCUCCUUCUUGAACGGCCCAUAUUCGACGGAUAUAACAGGAAAGCUACAGACCUAGGCAGGGAGCCUCUUGAUUUCUCCAAGUAUGAGAAGGAAAUGGACGAAUUCAAGCUUAAAGAGAUCUAUCAACGUAUCUUCACAGAAGAGGCAGAGAAACAUGCCUAUAAGGAGAAUACAUUUUUAUACGUUACCUCCGGCGGGUUAGCUGCCUGCUGCGCAUCUGCUGAAGAGCCCACUGCUGCUCAGGAGGAAGACGCAAGGAAGGCGGAGAGCAAGGUUCUGGCAGAGGUAGAAUCUGAAUCUGAGUCAGAGUUCGUGAAUAAUGGCGAAGACGGAGGUUAA